GUUGACGUCGUUUCCAAAUAAGGAAGCCUCCAGGAAGGACCGGCAUUUCGGCGAUAAGCGGUACAACUCAAAUAGUCUUUCGGCCGAAAAGCAUGACUCGAAAAUAUUUUUCAGUUCAGACUCUAGCUCUUGAAUCCAACCACCAUGGCCUCUCUCGCUACCCGUUCCGCCUCCCAGGCUCUCCGUGCUGCCUCUCGUCGUGCUCCUCGUGCAGCUGCGGCCAAAAAUGUGCUCAAGUCUACCCAGACCGCUUCCUACUCUCUGCUCGCCAAGGCUGCGACCAAGCCUGUUCAAAAAGCAAACAUCCAGGGUGUCCGUGGUGUCAAGACCCUCGACUUUGCCGGUACAAAAGAGGUUGUGUACGAGCGUAGCGACUGGCCCUUGGCAAAACUCCAGGACUACUUCAAAAAUGACACUCUUGCUCUCAUUGGAUACGGUUCCCAAGGCCACGGACAAGGCUUGAACGCUCGUGACAAUGGUCUCAAUGUCAUCGUUGGUGUCCGAAAGGACGGCGAGAGCUGGAAACAGGCUAUUGCUGAUGGCUGGGUCCCAGGCGAAACCUUGUUCCCCAUCGAGGAAGCCAUUAACAAGGGUACCAUCAUCAUGAACCUUCUCUCCGACGCUGCGCAGUCGCAGACAUGGCCCACCAUCGCGCCUUUGAUCACCAAGGGCAAGACCCUCUAUUUCUCUCACGGUUUCUCUGUUGUGUACAAGGAGGAUACCAAGGUCAUCCCUCCCCCCGAUGUUGAUGUCAUUCUUGUUGCUCCAAAAGGCUCCGGCCGUACCGUCCGAACUCUGUUCAAGGAAGGUCGUGGUAUCAACUCCAGUGUCGCUGUCUUCCAAGAUGUCACCGGCAAGGCCAAGGAGAAGGCCAUUGCCCUCGGUGUCGGUAUUGGAUCUGGAUACAUGUACGAUACCACCUUUGAGAAGGAGGUCUACUCCGAUCUCUAUGGUGAGCGUGGUGUGUUGAUGGGAGCCAUCCAGGGUCUCUUCCUUGCACAAUACCAGGUUCUCCGCAAAAACGGACACACGCCAUCGGAAGCUUUCAACGAGACCGUUGAAGAAGCCACACAAUCCCUAUACCCUCUGAUCGGACAGAAGGGUAUGGAUUACAUGUACAACGCAUGUUCCACAACAGCCCGUCGUGGCGCUCUUGACUGGGCCCCCGUUUUCGAAAAAGCUAACGUCCCUAUCUUUGAGCAACUAUACGAGAGCGUAAGGAACGGUACUGAGACCAGGAAAUCCCUCGAGUUCAACGGUCGCUCCACCUACCGUGAAGACCUCGCCAAGGAGCUCGCCGUCAUCAACGACCAAGAAAUCUGGAGAGCCGGGAAGACUGUCCGAUCAUUGCGUCCGGAUUACAAGCCGGAAUCGGAGUAGACGCCUCGUACUGUCUAUCCCAAAAGCAUCGCUGGCGUCGUGUUUACUCCCUCGCGGUGCAGAUAUCUUAUGUCGAGUUCGAGUCUUGUAUGAAGUACGCUGUCGAUCUAUCUACCGGGAAUGCAAUUGUUAUUGGAGCCGAAGCC